AUGGAGCAUCUCAACGACCUUGAUUUGGCAGAUGACGUUGUUCUAGCAUCGCAACGGUGCUCUGGCAUGCAGAGUAAGCUCAACGAUCUCGUCGAGCGCUCCUCAGCGGCGGGUCUCAACAUCAACGUCAGCAAGACUAAAUCGUUGGAUGUCAACGCGGCCAAUCCAUCCAACUUUACGGUAGCUGGUCAGGUAAUGGAUAAAGUUGAAAGCUAUCAAUAUCUUGGCAGUCAGAUAGCGUCAGACGGUGGGACCAAGAGCGACAUAGGCGCGCGGAUUAAGAAAGCAAGCGAAACCUGGGGUAUAUCAGCUGAAAGCACGCUUAAGUUGCAGGUGUUCAUCAACCGAUGUCUGCGGUACAUAAUUCGUACCUGGUGGCCUGACAAUUGGAUUUCGAAUGCCGAGCUCCAUCGUCGUUGUCAUCAAAAGCCGAUAUUGACUGAAAUUCGGGAACGUAAGUGGCGAUCGGUCGGACACUCACUUCGAAAAAGCGGAAAGGAAAUCUGCAAGCAAACGCUGGACUGGAAUCCAGCUGGACAUCGCAGCAGAGGAAGACCUAGGGGCUCAUGGCGGCGGAGCCGAAACAAGAAAUUUAAGCGAGUCGAACAGAAUUUGACCUGGGCUCAGGUCAAGGUGAAGGCAAACAAUCGCCCAGGGUGGAAAUCUUUCUCGUUGGCCCUUUACACCACUGCCGGUGCGCAGGACACAUAA